CAGGCCUGAAAGAAGAUACAAGCUCACAAUUACUCGCUCUAUCGUCCCAUCAUCUAUAUCCAAAUUACUACUACACACGCUUCAAGGUGUCUGGCCGAAUGGCCCCCCCAACUUUAGCUGUUCAUUCGCGUGAGCUGAUUGGAACUGAUGCCGCCUGGAAGGAGGAUUACUCACGACCCUCGGAUGCCGAGCGCCUUCUAUUCACAAACUCGGCCUUAGCACUGAACCGAGAUGGCGCAGAUGUAUCACUUUGUCUGUUACCAUCACCUGGCAACUGUCAUCUUGCCGUAGUAGAAGCGGUUCCCUCUGCAAGGAUAAUCACCGUCACAAUCUUCCGGCUCUGUGAACAGUUUCCACAAGUCUGGACGUCAAAGACUAGCUUGGACGUUACUACGUCACCCUCUGCCAGUUUCUAUGCCUCCGACAAGACGAAAGUCAGUGGUGCGAUAACGGAAGAUGGCACCCAUGUCUUCAUCCUUUGCAAACCUCCAACGGGUGGAGUUCUCGCCUGGACAGUGACAUCAGAACAUGGAUGGGUCAGACGCAAGCCGCCAUCUAAUACAGACAGUUUGUAUUCACUCAAUGAGGGUGUGCAAUCUGAUGAUGGGGAGCAUAUGUUCUACAAAUCUCGCAAAUAUCAUCGAUUUUCUCAGAAGAGACAAGUGGAGCAAAUUGAGGUAUAUGACAUUCGAACACUACAAGUCUCCAGUCGGUUUGUGGUCCGCUUUGGCAACGCACGUUUCUCACGCGACUUACAUUUUCUUCGGCCCCUUAGGGCUGAUCGUGCUGUUCACUGCGCAAUAUCGACAGCAGGCUCCAGAGAGAAUCGGACGAGCCCCCCUUUGGUUUUCUCUUCUGAUAAUAAAGUACACUUCAAUUGUGAUGGGAUUGAGGGCGCCCUAAGACUUCGAGGUAUCGUGACUGUGUCACCCGAUGGUUGCCAUAUGGUGUUCGUGCAUUUUGAGGAUGGCCUCAUUUCGCACUGGGACCUCACAGCUCCCACUCUGAAGCCACUUGGUACAGCCCAACUACCAGGUGUUGGGGUAGCCACUCUCCGCCAAUGGGUUAUCAAUGGCCAAUUGACAGACGUCCGAGAUAGCAUCCCAAAACAGGUCCACCACUGCAGAUUUUCCCCGUCUUCAAAGGUCGUCACCGUUAUUACUGCAACCGCUGGAUACGUUGUAGUUAACGUUUUCCUGACGCUUAACCUACAACUAAUAUACCACUAUCAAGCGGAGAAUGUACAUUGGCCAGGCUAUGUAACACUCCAGAUAGGAUGCAGCAACGAGACGGGCCUUACCGUUUUUGGUGCUUCACCCACGACUGAACACCCGGAUACCGGAGAAGUGUUAGGGGUGCUAGGGGCGGUGAUUCCUCUUCCAGCUAUUUAUGACAAGAUCAAACAGAUUGAAGAAUAUUUUGAUACCACCAGCAGCAGCAUUUCAAAGGUCAUAAAGGGACCUGUAUCCUCGGAGAAGACCCCAUUCGUCAAGUUCGCCUUCAUGCCCGAUCGUGGGUUCGUUCGCGAAACUGGGUUAUCCCCGCAAAUGUCGGCAGACGAUAGACUAAGGCAGGAUUUUCUCUACGAAUUUUCGUUCCGCAGUAGUAAUUCUACAACUAAUAUGCCAUCCACUACUGAAUUACGAGAAAAGUAUGUGCCACUUUUGGCGUCGCUGACUCCUUUUUCUUGGGACUCGACAAAGACAGUCUCGCUAUUUGGAGUUGUUAUGAAGUACAAGUACUACAUUAUCGCUAUUGGGAAUUGGGCUCAACGCGAAAUUACAAGAUAUCGUUCCACACCUGGUAUAGUUCGUGUUUUGUAUGUGUCAGAAACUAUUCUCUCAUCAGACACAGGAUCAGAGAAGAUUGCAGUAUAUAGAGAAGGGCCUCACUACAUUCUCUCCGUGACUUCCAGCAAGGAUACUUCCUUUGGCCGAUCCUUUUCUGGUGCACCACUACCGCUGCCACGACACACAGUCAUCACUCCGCACUUCCUUGAAGAGGAUGCCUGGUAUGAUGCCUUUAUAAUUAAGGAAGCAGAACAUGGAACUCUUCCCAGUGGCUGGAUGACAACUCCCAACCCACUACUAAUAGCUUCAACCUCAUUUGGGGCAUAUUUACCACCUGUUGUUGUUAGCGCAGGGGGAGAUGCGCUUGACUAUGGCCAUCGGAACCGUUCACACUAUGUUGUGGCCAAGCAUGCAAUGUGGCAUUCAUACGGCCUCCGAGGCCUUAGAAACGGGGACAGCACUAACGAAAUUUUCUUCGGUGGAGGGCGCUAUAUGGAUGCACUUGGAUCUUAUUUCAGUAUGAUAUAUGACGACAGAAGUUACAAUAGCAUGAAUCCACUGUUCCCAAGCACUUUUUCUGCGGCUUGCAAUAUGGACUGGCGUUCUCAGAACACUAAACAUGUGGAUGCUUUCUUCCGAAGGCUACAUCAGUCAUCACAAGACAAACUGUUGUUCAAUGCACAGUCAGUAGCGUGCACCCUUCCCCUGGCCUGCCAUGUCCGGCCCUUUGGAACCCUUUCAUUCAUGCGGCAUGUGGUACUUUUGCCUUUCCGAGUUGUGGACAUUGGCGCAGUGGAUGUUACUGUCAGCACUACUCCAAUUGGAAAUACUAAAUCGGGCUUGGAACAUGAGCAGACCAGGAUCUUCCUAGAUGACCUUCAGUGGUUUCUGCGGCGGUUUUUUGGUGGAUUCAUCUCUUCUCUAUCGCUCAUCUCUUCGACUGGUGAGUAUCUCGAAGCAAACUCCAGCGUGGUAACCCUACCUCUUCCCGGGUUUUCUUCUUUUAACCACCGGCUCUUUAAACCCCCUCCCGUAUCGAAUUCUGAUACUGACCCAUACUGGGAAUUUAUUCGAGCAACAUAUCCCGAUCCUAACAUUGCAGCCUGGGAAUCGGCCAUACUACGUUAUGUUGAACAGAGUGGAAAUGGUCCAACUAGUCCAUUCACCAGGCUGGUGGAGGAGAUCCUUUACUUAAAGGACCGGGAGAUACAAUUUUUAUUCUUGAGAGUUAUCUGGCUAGAUAAGCUGCUGAGGUGGAAGAUGCGAACCUUUGGACGCUCAGUGUAUCUGACUCGCGUCGCUGGUCCAAUGCUGAUACUCUUUGCGAUCCACCUCGUGGUUAGCAUCCUAUUAACAGGCCGCACUUCGCAUAUUGACAUUACUUUCCACGAUGGAGCCGACGGCCAUUCUUAUUUCAGUGUGACAUCAAUUACGACAUCCAUCAAGGCCUUAGCGAGCAUUGAAGCUUUUUUUGCAGCUUACAUCCUCCUGAUAAAAGCCCGACAGGCGUAUCGUGUUCCGCGGCUUUUCCGCCGCUCCAUAUUCAACUAUAUUGACCUGGCAGCUAUUAUCCUCGGCCUUACAACGUUCGGCCUUGUUGUCUCAAACCGGUCGCCGCCUAGGGCGUUUUUGGCAUUCUCAACACUCCUCCUGUGGAUUGCAGCUCUUCUAAUGCUGAGGGUCUAUGAAGCAACAGGCACGUUACUGCUGCUGCUGACGGAAAUGUUGCACGGUGUCUUACCCUUUUUGAUUUUACUUGCGUUAAUUGUCUUGGGUUUCACGUUUGUUCCCUUCUUGCUGCUUCGGAAUAUCGAUUCGACCGGGAUAGACCAGACACCGUUCUCGGACUUUGGCCUUUCUAUGGCAGAAAUUAUCAAGUUCAUGGCUUCUGAUUAUGAUGCCUUGAAAUCGCGCCUGUUGUGGCUUCGCCAAAUGGCUUCUUUGCAAUGUGAAAUUGAGCUUGGCCUGCUUUGGCGCCAGGAGCGACGUCGAAGAGAUUGGUUUCCCGAAUGGUUCACGUACACGAUGUCUGAAGGGGAGAAACGAGAUUGGACUGCACACGUUGAGCAAAGCCCCCUUCGCUGGACGAAGGAGAAUGAUUUCGGUGAGGACAAGGAUCAUGGACCGGGGGCCCUUCAAGAACCACGGGCACAAACCCCAACAAAUGGGAAGUCAUCUGUUGCAGGCAAGCCUGACGUUGACGUUGACACACUAGAGGAAGAGGCAGGCUCUCAGGAACAACAAAAGGAAACGUCGGACGAAGAGUUUAGUCCUCCUAGCGAGCCACUGCUAUACAUCAAUGGCGAGCCGGCGAAAUUUACGGACACUGCUACCACUACUAAGGAGAAACCAGAGAAUAAAGAUGUAAGCGACGAAGGUGAAGCUUCUGAUCAAGCCGCAAGCCAACAGCAGCGACAAGACACAACAGGACCAAGUUCGUCCGAAUCCGACCCAAAGCCCCAGCCUAAACCAGAGCCCCAGACGGGUCCGGAGAAGAAAUGCGUCGUAUGCUCUGCCCCUGGAAAGCUAUGCCUGGGUUGUAAGAAGGUAGCGUAUUGUGGAACUGAACAUCAACGUCAUGACUGGGCGAACCACAAGACGACCUGCAAGGGGAAGCAAAAGGCAUAGACCUCUAUCCUUUGAAGAGACGUGAACAUUAUAUUAUAAUAGCUGCUGGUGGACAUUUAAUCUAGUAUUUACUCGUUCUUUCCUUAGAAUAUCGAUACCUUGCCCUGGAUAUUGUUGGAUUGUUUGGUCAAUUUGCACCCGUCCGGUAUAGCUAGAUAUGAGUAAAUAUUUUCUGAACGAAUAUAGUUCGGCGUGGGCGUGGUGGUAACUAUUGGCCUUGAGAUGGAAAUCAAGCUGACCAUCCUCUGCUUCCUCUUGCUUGUCGUCGAGAGCCAAAUAAGACAGACUUCAUGUUUGACGUCUGGUUAAGCUUCUAGUUGGUUGAUUGCCCACUAUCAGCCUCUUGGUUGGAGGGUGUUCAUUUACCCCCCGCAUGUAAUUGAUAUAUUCCUUCCAUCGACUAGGCUGUCAGUCAAUAGUGAAUUAACUAACAAUUAGACAGCUGUCGCUCCUCUGGGAGGGUCUAAAGUAGUUACUGCUACCCAUCCAGCUCUACCAUGCACUUACCAUUACAUAGAGCUAGGGCCUUGUUCUUGCUUACCUAAUACUUACUUACUUAGAUCGAUCUCCGCAGCCGAUCUAACCCGACGUGGAAUCUGAUGAGGCUCUGUCUUUCUAUUGGCUAUCUCGCCGCGAAGUGGAGCCUACGGCUGUCAUGCCUCUUUCGGCCUAGCAUUGCUUACAUAAUAUAACUGUCCACGUGACUGAUAAGCCUCGCCCGCCCC